AUGGAAAUCUCAGUGAGCUCCAUGGUUGUGGCCAUUCUUUGUGUGGGUUUAAUUACAUUGGGGUGGAAAGUGGUCAACUGGGUUUGGUUGAAGCCAAAGAAGCUAGAAAGGUACCUGAGGCAGCAAGGUCUUUCUGGUAAUUCCUACAGGCUCUUGACUGGGGACUUGACUGACAACUCCAAGAUGACCAAAGAGGCACUCUCAAAACCCAUGGAGUUCUCUCAUGACAUCGUGCCUUGUGCUCCCUUUACUCCAAGAAACCUUCAACAAAUAUGGAAAGGGGAUUUGAACUCGUGGGGAGCACAUCCGCUCUGA